AUGUCGGCGCAGUUAUGGAGCGACUCCCACCGCAGCACAGAAAAAAGCCCUAUCCAUAACAGGGAUGUUUCUGUGACCGUGUUGUCUUUAUAUCAUUAACCGAUAGGAGACACGUUUUUAAACGUGUAGAGGACGUUUGAUGACGGCGGCGACGUGUUAAUCCGGCUUUAGGGAGCGUGUUGUGACGGUGUCCUUUAGGUGCUGCUCCGUUUCUCUAUAAAACAUUAGAUUAUCAGAUCCGUCGCCUUGGAAACGGAGACAUUUAUUUACCGUCUUCUAUCCUGCAUCCAUUGCGGACAUCAUCAUGGGGAAUACGACCUCCUGCUGUGUGUCUUCGAGUCCCAAACUGCGGAGAAACGCCCAUUCUCGCCUGGAACCCUACAGACCGGAAGCAGAGCUGAGCCGCGAGGACACGGGCUGCAACCUGCAGCACAUCAGUGACCGAGAGAACAUCGACGAAUUGAACAUGGAGUACAACCCGUCAGAGCACCCGCGUGCCAGCACCAUCUUCCUGAGCAAGUCUCAGACAGACGUUGUUCCAUCCAGCAAGAAAGUUCGGGAAAAGAGGAAAAGCUUGUAUGUUAACCACCAACACCCAUCUGGUCCGAUGAGACGCAAGUACAGCUCCUGCUCAACUAUCUUCCUGGAUGACAGCACUGUCAGUCAACCCAACCUCAAAUACACCAUCAAAUGUGUUGCUCUUGCCAUCUACUACCACAUAAAGAACAGAGACGACGAUGGUCGAACGCUGUUAGACAUAUUUGAUGAGAAGCUUCAUCCGCUCUCAAAGUCAGAGGUUCCAGCUGAUUACGAUAAACACGAUCCGGAGCAGAAGCAGAUCUACCGGUUCGUCAGGACGCUUUUCAGCGCCGCUCAGCUCAUGGCCGAGUGCGCGAUCGUCACACUGGUGUAUUUGGAGAGGUUGUUAACUUACGCUGAGAUUGAUAUCUGUCCUGCUAACUGGAAGAGGAUUGUACUGGGAGCCAUUCUGUUGGCGUCUAAAGUGUGGGACGAUCAGGCCGUGUGGAACGUGGACUACUGUCAGAUUCUCAAAGAUAUCACUGUAGAGGACAUGAAUGAGUUGGAGAGACAGUUUCUGGAGCUUCUGCAGUUUAACAUCAACGUGCCAUCGAGUGUUUAUGCCAAGUACUACUUUGACCUGCGCUCGCUGUCUGAGGCCAACAACCUGAACUUCCCUCUGGAGCCUCUGAGCAGAGACAAGGCCCAGAAACUGGAGGCGAUCUCCCGACUCUGUGAUGACAAGUAUAAAGACUUGAGAAAAGCAGCCAAGAAGCGGUCAGUGAGUACGGACAAUCUGACAGUGGUGCGAUGGUCUCCAGCUAUCAUCUCAUAACAGUGGUCUGGUGACGCUGAGGACCGAUCCAGAGACAGAGAGACAGAGAAAGACUGUCCACAGAAUUGUCUUCUUUGUCUGGCUGCUCCAGACAAAAAAACCCGGCGGAUUUUACCUUCCAAACGUGUCUUUGUUGUUCUGUUGGCUGCUGUAAAUACAGGACACAGGGACCAGACUCGAAAAGGUGACGAGUGAGGAACGAAAGCGAGCAGCAUGCGGGAUGGAGUGUGAGGAACUUCUCAUACGACGGGGACUGCAUUCCAGCAUCUCUGUGUGUCUUAUCCGAUUAUACGACUCAGCUUAUUCUUAAUUUUGGUUUUUAUUUGAAGGUUUCUUUUUCUAGGUCCUGCUCUCUGAAGCCCAGGGCCACAAUCUGACCUGAACGUAAUUCAAAUAUCAGCCCAAAAUAAGCCACUUCUACAGCUCUUCCAGUCGUGUUGGGAAAGUUACAAUUUUCAGGGUUUCAAGUCAUGCAGGUGUCAGGAACCUGAUUAAAGGGUGAAAUAUCACAGUUAGUCUCAGCCUCAAAGAAACAAAGCUGCUAAUCUGUACUUGUCCUUGUCUCUAUGGCGACAUGAUACUCUGUCCAUCUUUAAAUAACUCUUACAGCUUUAAAGGUUUAAUUAUGUACCUUAAAUUGUUUUACAUUGAGGUACACUAGGUUCAUGUUAACAAGUAAAAGGUUCAAAAGAUUGCUGUACUCCAGCUUUUGCCAGCUGAGGGAUGAGAAAGUUUUCAUAGGAAAUCAUACACUUUUCUGGCCACGAGCUUCAAAAUCAUGAAAGCGCUGAUUAGUUCUAAACACUUUCACUGUAAAAAAAUAAAUAAAUAAAAAAGUUUUUCAUUUCUUUAAGGAAACAAGAAGCGUGUGCACAUGAUUGUCGACAGGCUCUGAGGCAGUUUCAGUUGAUACUUAAAUGUGUGUAGACCCAGAAGUGCAAAACAAAAUAACAAACCAAUGGAUGAAAGUAAAACAAAAAGAAUGCAAGAGCAAAUGCAGAAAGUGCAACAGCACCCAACAGCAGAUCUAGGGCGAAAAAAUGCAACGGCAGCUCCAGAAAAUAACCGCAACAGCAGAUCUAGGAGAAGAAGAAGAAACAGAUCUAAGGGGGGAAAGGCAAAAACAAGAAAAUGACAAAACAACAAAUCCAGAGGGGAAAAAACAACAGCAGAUCCAGAAUGAAAAAAAUACCUGCUGCAGCAGAUCCAGGAAAAUUGCAAAACAACUAAUCUAAGGGGGAAAAAACAAAACAGCAGGUGCAGAAAAAAAACCCCAGCAGAUCCAGAAAAGAAAAGAAAAAUGUGACAGCAGAUCCAGGAAAAAAAAAAACAGAACCUUCAGAAAGUGCAGCAAGAAAACCAACUAGAAAUAUACAGGAAAGCAAGCAAUAAUUUUAGGAAAAAAAAAAAACAAUACAAAAAAAUAGGAAAAUGCAACAACGUAAACCAAAACCAUGGCAGCAAAUUCAGAAAACCCAACAAACAGAAAAGAUUACAACAAAUAAAAAAAUGUAAGCUAAAUUUAGAAAUCACAUCAUAAACCAAAAUCAUGCCAGUAAAUCCUGACAACUCAACAAUUUAGGCAACAUAAAUGAGAGAGGAAAAAAUAUCUAUAAAAAUAAAUGAAAUGUUUUCUAUAAAGCACAAUUUAGAAAACAAAACUCUAAAGAGUCAACAGCAAAUAGGAAAAUUUUUCAAAUUUAAUUUAAGUGCAAAGGGGGACAUGGUGGCUUAGUGGUUAGCACGUUCGCCUCACACCUCCAGGGUCGGGGUUCGAUUCCCGCCUCCGCCUUGUGUGUGUGGAGUUUGCAUGUUCUCCCCGUGUCUCGGGGGUUUCCUCCGGGUACUCCGGUUUCCUCCCCCGGUCCAAAGACAUGCAUGGUAGGUUUAUUGGCAUCUCUGGAAAAUUGUCCGUAGUGUGUGAUUGUGUGAGUGAAUGAGAGUGUGUGUGUGCCCUGCGAUGGGUUGGCACUCCGUCCAGGGUGUAUCCUGCCUUGAUGCCCGAUGACGCCUGAGAUAGGCACAGGCUCCCCGUGACCCGAGGUAGUUCGGAUAAGCGGUAGAAGAUGAAUGAAUGAAUGAAUGAAUUUAAGUGCAUUAAUUUUAAAUUUGUUGUCAUUAAUAAGAGUAUGAGCAAUCGGAAAUGAUUCCCGACGAGUUAAGAACACAUGACAUCACAUUAAACCCUUUAAUUCUUUUAGUUAAUACUAAAUAAAUAAACAGUCUGAAAUGGUGAAAUUUAUAAUUUUUUUUGUUUUUUUAAUUAAUUUAUUUAUUUUUUGGGAAGGUCAAUCCAUGGUGAGCAGGCGGUAUUGACUAAUCAUCUCCGCUUUCCGUAUCACCCUGACGUUGAUGUGGAUCUGGUUCUGAAUUUGCUCUUGCAUCUUUAGUUCGUUUUGCUCUUUCACGCCAGCCUACAGAUGAACUCUUCAUUUCACAGUAUCAACUUCUGAAAUAUUCUUCUCGUUUCUUUUUGUUAAUUCGAACACCUCAGCUCUACAUACAUUUAAUUUUAAUACGUUAAUCCGUAUAUAUAAUAAAUUCAUACGUAUUAACACUGCAAUGCAAACCCGACGUUUCCUCACGUUGCUGCGAAGAGCAAAAAUCCAGUGAUUGAUUACAGGUUCGAUCUCGGUAAUCAAUUAUAUUAGUUUAAUUUUUUUUAUAUAUAUAUUUUGUCUCAGAAAUUAAAGACCGCAGUCUGCUUACGCUUUGUAUAAAUUCUUCAAAAAUCAUCAAAAAUUUUAAGCUUACAUUCUGCAACAAGAAUCUUUCAUAUUUCACUGAAACACAUUUUCGCUAAUCACCGCUUGACACGCUUGUCGUAUUUAGGAUCGAACCGUUAUUUAUUUGAACGUUUAUUUUAUGAUUCAGUAUAAAAAAAAAAAUCUUUGAAAAAAAAAAUAAAUAAAUGAAACUUCACUUAAUAAAAUAAGUAGCAAAUUUGAGUAUCAGGUGAUUACGAGUGGAUUCCUGUUCACGCUGUAAACAUGCUGCUUGUCUUUUACCGAGACGCCAGAACGGUUUUGUAUUAAAGCAGAAGCACCACAGAGUUUCAUCCAGGUCCUAUUUUCAGGUGUCCUGGUGUUUUUCUCUUAAAGGCCAUAGUCUAAUAAAUACAAGCCACACAGAAGGUAUUAUGUAAGAAGGUGGAAAUGUAGCGUUCUGGUUCAGUUGAGAACCUGAUGAUGGCAUGAUGGCUGAAGAAAUGGACUCAUUUUGAAAAAAUGGACUGAUUUCGGUAGAGAGAAUAAAAAUAAAAAAAAGAAAGAAAGGAAAGAUGACUUGCAGAACCUUGGCGUGAACGGUUUUAUGAGCUUGAUAAAUCGACCUCAUUUCAGAUUCAAACACCAAGCAAUACGCAGAUUACAGAGAAAUGAUUACACUUCUCCUCAAACAGAUGUUUCAUAUCUCCUUGUUUUAAUUCACGAGUGAAGGUUGCAAUAUGAGUUCGUAUUAUUUUUUAUUAUUAUUAUUAUUAUUACUAUUAUUUUGAGUGCUGAUUUCAAUGUUCUAUCAAGUCGGUUUUGAUGUUCUACAGUUUGCCGUGUUACUUCGCAAGAAGUCAUUUUAUCAUCUCCAAAAAAGUCUAGCAAUGCCUUUAACGGAGACGGAAGUUUCUCCGGGGGCCAGGAUAUAGAAAGCUGUGUGAUUUUUAUGGUGGUUAAGUGCUUUCUUAAGCUCUACAUGAAACACUGGUGAAACAGACAGAAAUCAAACUUUCAGUGAAUAUUUACUUUUAUUAUUAAUGAAGUAGAAACCUUGAUUUGUCUCAUACACACAGCAGCACAGUGAAAUUCUUUUCUUCGCAUGUCCCGGCUUAGAAAGUUUGGGGUUAGAAGAUUUGGUUGCUAAGCAACAUAACAGGGCAAAGAUAUUUUAUUCUGUGAACAGAACAGGGGCUGAAGUGGUUUGUUGGUUUUAUUUUGGUGGAUUAAUACAUAAGCUUUGGAUGAGUCUCAGCCAAUUAGAUUUUUUUGAUGAUUUGAAAUCUUCAAAAAAAAAUGUAAAUCUUUUUUUUUUUUUUAUUAUUAUUAUUAUCCUGAUCUGUGUCUAUUUUCACCAAUAUUCAUGUAAUAAUGCUAUUCAUUCUCCAUCUAGAGAUGACAGUCUGGUAUUCAUCUUCUUCUUCUUCCGACACCAACCAGCUCAGCUUUUUAAUGAUUUUCGAAUCAUUACACGAAAAUUCUACCUUUUUUAAAUACGUAUAUAUAAAUUUUGUACAGUGUACAUACUCUGUUUGGAGAAGAUCAUAGUUUAAAUAUAAUGCUGAGAUAUUUAUAAGCAGUCAGUAUUCAUCUCAUCGUUUAAUCAUCUCGUAGUGAAUCAGAGUGAUGAUGAGGAUGAGGGAGGAAUUAAGGCAAUGAUCAGGUUUUUUUUUUUUGUUUGUUUUUUUUUUUUAAAUAUAGAAAAGAGAAGUUCUUGGGAUGAUAAAGUGACUGAAUUUGCGUGCCACCAUUGCGAAGUGCACGAGUCUGUCGUUUUGCUUUUGUUGAAUUUGUUAUUAUUUUGCCGUCACGCAGAGCUCCACAGUAAGUCGUGCUGAAAGUGCGUGCGCUCUGUCGGACUUUCUUUUUUUUUUUUUUUUUCUUUUUCUUUUCUCUCCCUUCCCUUUGUGGACUUUGCAAUAGCAUUGCUUUUGUUAUUCCUUUUGUGUCGAAACAGAAAAAGCAAUUCUAGAGAAAUGGUUGAUAUUUAUCUCACUAUUGUUUCUUUUAUUGCUUCUAUUGAUUAUAAAUUGUUCUUUUAUGUAAUACAUUUGUCAUCAGUACCUAAAGUACAUAAAAAAUGUUGUGUAUUUUCAGAAGUCUUACUUGUGAACUGUAGGCCUUUGUGUGGUGCAUGCUGUUCGGAGCCUGCACUGUCAAUCGGUAAAUUAAAGGAAUUUAUUGAUUUUUAACUUAAAA